CGCCACUGCGCGUCAAUCCUCCUUCAUCCUCCAGAAUGGUUCACACUAACGUCGUCAUUAUCGGCUCCGGCCCCGCUGCGCACACCGCUGCCAUCUACCUCUCCCGUGCCGAACUCAAGCCCGUCCUCUAUGAGGGUAUGUUGGCUAACGGCACCGCCGCUGGCGGUCAGCUUACCACCACUACCGACAUCGAGAACUUCCCCGGUUUCCCCGAUGGAAUCGGCGGCGGUGAACUCAUGGAGAACAUGCGCAAGCAGUCCAUCCGCUUCGGCACUGAGGUGAUCACCGAGACCAUCUCCAAGGUCGACUUCUCCCAGCGCCCCUUCAAGCUCUGGACCGAGUGGAACGACGGCCCCGACAACGAGCCCGCCCACACCGCCGAUGCGGUCAUCAUCGCCACCGGUGCCAACGCCCGCCGCCUCGACCUCCCCGGCGAGGAGAAGUACUGGCAGAACGGUAUCUCGGCCUGCGCCGUCUGCGACGGUGCCGUCCCCAUCUUCCGCAACAAGCCCCUCUUCGUCAUCGGUGGUGGUGACUCCGCCGCCGAGGAGGCCAUGUUCCUCGCCAAGUACGGCAGCAGCGUGACCGUCCUCGUCCGCAAGGACAAGCUCCGUGCCAGCAAGACCAUGGCCCAGCGUCUCCUUGCCCACCCCAAGGUCACCGUCCGCUUCAACACCGUCGCCACCGAGGUCCUCGGCGAGGAGAAGCCCAUGGGCCUGAUGACCCACCUGCGCGUCAAGAACGUCGUCUCCGGCGAGGAGGAGGUCGUUGACGCCAACGGUCUCUUCUACGCCGUCGGCCACGACCCCGCCACCGCCCUGGUCAAGGGCCAGAUCAACCUCGAUGAGGAUGGAUACAUCGUCACCCAGCCCGGUACCAGCUACACCAGCGUUGAGGGUGUCUUCGCCUGCGGUGACGUCCAGGACAAGCGCUACCGCCAGGCCAUCACCAGUGCCGGAUCCGGCUGCAUUGCUGCCCUCGAAGCCGAGAAGUACAUCGCCGAGAAGGAGUCCAACGACGAGGAGCCCGUCACCAGCGUCGAGAAGUCCACUGUCCAGCCCACCCAGGAGGUCAACGGCAUCAAAAAGGAGUCCGAGGGUGCUACCGCCGAGUACAAGUCCAACCCUCUUCUCUAAGCGGUUUCGUCGAAACACAACAUCCAUCAAUCACCGCCCUUUACAACCGCAUCCCCCCCCCACCCUCUUCUCAAUGCCUUCCAUCGCAUAGAUCAGGUCUCCUUUUCCUAGACUAGACACACACCCC